AUGCUUCGAGAUUUGGUUGGUAGCUUGAGAUUCUGUUAUGGGGAUAUCUAUAAUGUGAAAAAGAAUGAGUAUGCUGAUGUGGAUUGGGAUAAUCUUGGAUUUGGUUUAACGCCAACUGAUUACAUGUAUGUUAUGAAAUGCUCCAACAAUGGCACAUUUGAACAAGGCCAACUUAAUCGUUAUGGAAACAUUGAACUCAACCCUGCUGCUGGAGUUCUAAAUUAUGGACAGGGUUUGUUUGAAGGCACAAAAGCGUACAGGAAGAAAGACGGGAAUCUCAUUCUCUUCCGUCCAGACCAGAAUGCAAUGCGGAUGCAGUUUGGUGCAGAAAGAAUGUGCAUGCCCUCACCGUCCGUCGAUCAAUUUAUUGAUGCUGUGAAGCAAACAGUUCAAGCCAACAAGUGUUGGGUUCCUCCACCAGGGAAAGGGUCUUUGUAUAUUAGGCCUCUACUUAUAGGAAGUGGUCCUAUAUUGGGUUUGGCUCCAUCUCCUGAGUACACUUUCCUUGUAUAUGCUUCCCCUGUGAGGAACUAUUUCAAGGAGGGCUCUGCACCCUUGAAUAUAUACGUCGAGGAGGAGUAUGAUCGUGCCUCUCGUGGGGGAGCUGGAGGUGUCAAAAGCAUUACCAAUUAUGCUCCAAUUUUGAAGGCACUACUCAGAGCUAAAAACAGAGGAUUUUCGGAUGUUCUGUAUCUUGACUCGGUAAAUAACAAAAAUUUGGAGGAGGUCUCUUCUUGCAACAUUUUCAUUGUGAAGGGCAACCUUAUUUCAACUCCGGCUGCAGUCGGGACGAUUCUUCCAGGAGUUACUCGAAGAAGCAUUAUCGAAAUUGCUCGUGAUCUUUGUUACCAGGUUGAGGAACGUCCUAUUCCAGUGGAUGAAUUGAGUGAAGCUGAUGAAGUGUUCUGCACAGGAACUGCUGUUGGGGUUGCCCCUGUGGGCAGCAUUACUUGUCACGGCAAAAGGAUGGAGUAUAAAACGGGCGCUCAGACUGUGUGCACACAACUUUACUCAACCCUCGUAGGAAUUCAAACGGGUCAUAUUGAGGAUAAGAAAGGCUGGAUUGUUGAAAUUGAAUGA